AUGGAUGAGCUUCAGAUAGCCAGAGCAACAGCCCAGAUUCUCCACCGACUGGAGCACUGGGGCAAGAUCGUCGCCGAUCAUCGCCCGAGUGAAGCUGGAACUGGUAGGUUCGAGGGAGAGGAGCUCCAGCUGCGGAAGCUCAAGAGGAUGACGUACGAGCUGGCUCAGUCGCGGGCGGCGGCGGAUUGCCGGGACUUCGGGGCGGUGUUGAGGGAGACGGAGCUGGGAGUGAUGGUGGAGAUGGGGAGGAUAUUGGCGGAAACGGUGGAUCCGGUGUUGGAGGGGCUGAGGAGGGAGACGGUGGCGGAGGAGGGGGAAGUGUGUGGGGUGUGUCAGGAGGAGAUGGAGAGUGGGGAUGAGGAUGUGAAGAGCAUGGGGUGUGCGCACAGGUUUCAUGGGUUUUGCAUAUGGCGGUGGCUGACGGAGAGGAAAUCUUGCCCUCUGUGCAGAAAUCCCCUCGAUCCCACUGUCCAAUACCUCAAAGUUUGA